AUGGCAUCACAGAUCCUUCCCCUCGAACUGGUAGACAGGUGCAUCGGCUCCCCCAUCUGGGUGGUAAUGAAGGCGUCAAGUCGGGAGUUCACGGGCACUCUGGUCGGGUUCGAUGAUUUCGUUAAUAUGGUGCUCAAGGAUGUGACUGAAUACGAGAUGACCCCGCAAGGACGCAAGGCGACCAAGCUGAAGGAGACGCUCCUCAACGGCAACCAUAUUGCGCUGCUCAUCCCCGGCGGAGAAGGACCGGAAGGCGCCUCAUCAUAG